CUGCGGUAGUGAUACUGAGAUCACAGCCAACAGCUCAGUAAUAAAAUCAACAAGAAGGGAUGAUGUUGAGUACAUGUAUCAGAAACCUCUGGCUUUUUCUGACAUGUUCUGCCUCUCAAACAAAGAGCAAGCUCUAUCUCAGUUGUACAUUGAAGAUAAGAAACUGCUUAGCAACUUGGCGUACAGUUUCCUUAACGAGCUCUCGACAACAUUCUCUCUCUUUGUGCAGCACCUCUCACAGCAACUCGUGGCAGCAGAGAUCAAAGACAAGUUGUGGAAAGAAGAAGUGGAGUGUCUUGCGAAGGAUGCCUUCUCAGACGCUAAGAAACGAUGGUUGUCGGUCAGUUUGUCUGCAAUGGGGCGAGCCAAGAUGAGUAUUCCUAACACUUUGCAAGUGGAUUUGUGUCCGGUAACAGUACAACUGCUGGAGCAUAUUUGCAAGACACUGGAGGAUAGAGAACCAACAAAUGAGAAAAUGGUUAAUGCAAUGCUUGUGGAGUUUCAAAACAGCUGGACAGUGUUUGAGCAGUUUCACGCAGCGGUGAACCUAAUGCAGAUCAAGCAACUUGAGAAAGAUAUGUCGUUGAGAAAGCAGAUUUUGGUUGCCAUCUAUGACGAAAGAGCGGAGCUCACUCAGCAACUACAGCAGUAUCAGAAGAAACAGCUCACUCAGUUGGAUAAGAUCAAACAUGAUCUGCAAGCUGAGCUUCACCUAAUGAGAAUCGACAUUUACAACUUGUGGGAAUCAACACUGGACUCUUUCAGAAUGGAUAUAAGAAGAGAAAGCUCUUCGCUAAGUGUGCAACUGCAGAAACAGCUAGAUCAAGAAGAGAGGCAAGGGGCACAAGCUUUGGAGAAUAGUAUCUCUCAAAAGAGAGAUAGUUUGUUGAAUGGUCAGCUGAGUUUGCCAGACUUUGUGACGGACUUCUGUGAUUUAACAAGGGCAUACACAAACGGACAGUGUGCUCGGAGAUCAUUGGAAUUUCAACUAAUCGGCUCACAAUUCAGCACCUUGGUGGAGCAUUUUGGGGCUAAAACACUCAACGGUGCACUAGAGACUGAGAAGAGGGUAUACAAAGACUACCUUCAGCAAACAAACCGGGAGACCCCACAUGUCACCCAGACCAUCAAGGGGAACAUAGUGAGACUGAAAGGGCUCAUAGCUUCAUUAAAACAACUUCGGGGAGAGCAACGUUCUCAUCUUCAAACUAUUAUCGAGCAAAAGGUUGCCGAGAAGCACAGGACCGACUCGUUUUGUGGAGCUGACAUCACUCAUCACCAAGCAACACUGAAGGGAGUGAUUGAGUUGCAGACAGACCUCUGUGAAGCUGAUUGUCAGCAACUGGUCGAUCAGUGUCUUGCUCGAUUGAAGUUGUUUGAAGCCCAACUAGAGCUAAGCAAAAUCAGUCAAGAAAGAAGACUACAAGAACUACUAGAGGUGAGGAAGAUGGAACUUAGUCAUACUCUAAACCAGGAAACUGAUGGAGUGCGUCCGGGUAGUGAAGAUGUGGUGAUUGCAAAUUUGAAGUUCCAAAAGGAAGAGAAGAAUCUUCAAACAUCUCAUGCCUCUGCUCACACUGAACUCAAAAACAAACUGGCUGAAGACACAAAGUCCACACUGCUGUCAGAGCACUUCAUAUUCCAAACACACAUCGAAAAGUUGCGGAGAGAGCAUGAGCGACUGGUCAUUCUGACUAAUAAGAAAGACCUAGCCAUCAAUGCUUUAAAGAGCAAAUUGUUGGACCAGUUGCAAUUGUCAGGCAACAGUGAGCAAGUUGUCGGAAAGCAUAUCAUCCACCAGCACCAAGUGGAGACUGAGCUGCUCACACGAACCAUCAACAAGACAAAAGACCAUCAAAACCAGGUGCUCAUUCAGAAGCUCCAAGCUCGCAAGUUGGAAAAGAAACAGGAUAAGGAAAGAGAACUCAAACAACAGCAACCUCCUUCCAAAACAUAUAGACCCGGCAAUGCUAAAUCAUUUGUGUCCACAGUACUUGUGAACUUGCUGUAUUCAGUUCGACACAAACGAUCUAUUGCGGCCCUGGAGGCUGAGCUGGAGCAAGAUGAGGCGAGGUUGAAGUCAAAAAUGAUAAAGAGGUUUCAAGCAAAUGCUAAAUCAGAGCUCCAGGUUCACGAGUCAGAGGUGAUUAUCAAACUGGCAUCAGCAUUGAAUAUGACACACAGCGAACUAGAGAAGGAGCUUCAGAAGUCUGUCAUAGAGCAAAGCAACGGAACUGAUCACGAAACAAGCUCUUUAGUUACCAAUAGUGUACUGGACUUGUUAAGAGGUUACUAUGUAGAUACAGGCUUUGUAACGUUAGUUAGCUGAUUACAAAGCUACUUAACUUCCAUAGAACACAAGGACCGGUUGCGAGACCAGUCAUAUAAUAAUAAAUAUAUA